CGGGGCAGCCUCGCUGUGGAGCGGCGCCUGCGCAGUGGUGCGCCGGACCGGAGCGGCGCCCUUCGCGGUGCCUAUGGAUCGCUACGCGGGGGGCUACGAGGAGGCGGCGGAUGGCACCCGGCAGCAGGAGCGGCACUACCAGCUGCUGUCGGCGCUGCAGGGGCUGGUCAAGGAGCUGCCCAGUUCUUUCCAACAGCGUUUGUCCCACACCACCCUCAGUGACCUGGCCCUGGCGCUGAUCGAUGGCACUGUUUUUGAGAUAGUUCAAGGGUUGCUAGAAAUCCAGCAUCUCACAGAGAAAAGCCUUUACAACCAGCGGCUCAAACUGCAGAACGAGCACCGAGUGCUCAAGCAGACUCUGCUGAACAGACACAAGGAGGCCCAGCAAGCCUGCCGGCCCCACAACCUGCCCAUCUUGCGGGCGGCCCAGCAGCGCGAGCAGGAGGCCGUGGAGCACCGCAUCAGGGAAGAGCAGCGGAUGAUGGAUGAGAAAAUCGUCCUGGAGUUGGACCAGAAAGUAGUGGAUCAGCAGAGCACCCUGGAGAAAGCCGGCGUCACGGGCUUUUACGUCACCACGAAUCCCCAGGAGCUGACCCUGCAGAUGAACUUGCUGGAGCUGAUCCGGAAGCUACAACAGCGGGGAUACCAGCCCGGAAAGCCCUUCCCCUGAUCCCGUCCUUCCUUCCAGGAGAGAGGCGGCCCCUGCCUGACUCUGGGGCUCUGCUCCCCUUCGGUCUCCAGGAUUCCUGGGUGAAGGGGUUUCCAAUUAAAAUCUGAACGUGGAAGAAGUGCCCCCCCUGGUGGUCAUGCUGGGAAGAGCAUCCGCUGCUGCCCCUGCUCCAGCCCCUUUUGUGGCCCCAAACCAGGCUCUCUGGGUCUGACCACCUCGAGAAAGGAGGCCGCUGCCUCGGUGGCCUCCCUGCUUCUGGUGCUACUCAGGGAAGGCCUGAGGCCCGAGCCAGGGAGAAGUGAGGGUGGGCGGGUGGGCAAGCCUGGUCUGUACUGGCAGAGCCAGGCUGGGGGCCCUUGGGCUCUUACUGCUGGCUCUGUGUCUGCUACUGAGUCUCUCGUCUCCCAGGCUCCUCGUCCAGCCCUCCCGGGACGCUGUGCUCUGGUGUCCUUAGCCUCCUUGGUCCUGGACCAUCCAGGGCAGAGCUCAGCCUGGCACAGCGGAGGAGCCACAGGAGGCUAGGGUUUGAAUCUUUGCUCUGGCGGCAGGAGCUGUGACCUGGCCAAGCCUUGUCAAGUUAAGAUGCGGCUGUGUUUACUUUCCUUGCCCACAGAGAAGCGGCCUUAAUCAGGAUGACCUGGGUUCAGGGCUCCCCGCUUCUCUGUAUUUUUGUGGGAUUCUGGGCCAGACAGCCUCUCUUCAGUGCAUACCCCUCCCCCGGUACCCACCUUGCACUCAGGACAGUGGUGUAAGCCUAGAACCCAUAACAGAUUUUGGAAAUCCCCAAGGCAAAUCCCGGGUGAACUUGUGUGGGUUGGUUGGGCGUGGUGGAGGCCAGGGCUGCAUAGAGUUGGGGCUCUUGGCUCACAACCACCUUACAAGGGCUGGCACUUGAGUGUUGUUCUUGUUUUCCUGAGGGGCAAACAGACUGGGGUGAAAUGACUUGCCCUAGAGUUAUUCAGUAAUAGUCUUAGUCCAUGAAAUCGGUGCCCUUGGUCUGGGGUUUGGCUAGGCAGGGGAAGGAUGGGCAUUCCUGACGGGGAGGGACACCUGGACUCCUUGUUAGCUCCUCUCAGAAUUUCUCCCCUCCCCCAGCCUCCUUGUUAGCGGAUCUGCCUAAUCAGAAGUCCCCCCCUCCCAUUCGAUCCAGCAAUUUGGAUAGUCCUCUUUGGCGCUUCUCAUUAAUAACAAAAGCGAUAUUACGCCAAAAUUGGAGCAAUACAGAGAAGAUUAGCAUUACCCUGCGCAAGGAUGACGUGCAAGUUCCUGAAACAUUCCUGAAACUUUUUUUAUGUUUAUGAAUUAGUGUAUCGCCCGUCUUUUCCCUUCUUUUAGAUUGUGAGCUCCUCGAGGGCAGGAGCCUGGUCUUAAUGCUCUUCCCCCUGCACUCUAUUUUCCCCGUGAUUAUUUAUUGAAUAAAGGGAUGAACGUGAGUCGUGGCCCAGGAGAGCCCAGCCAGCCGGAUGCCUGCUUUGUCAGUCCUCAUGUAGACAGGCAGGGUACAGGGCUGAGCAACCUCUUUGGCUGGCACAAGAUGGCCCCUCACCAGCUCAGCCAGGGGAGGGGACCCAGGAUUCGUGUGCCCACUUGAAUCCGAAGGCUUCCACUGUUCCCGACUUCCUUGGAGUUGGUUCUGAGAAGGGGAAAGGAUUCAGCUCUGGGACCUGGGCCUCCUUGCUGGGCAGUCGGCCUCCUAGGGCAAAAGUUCUGGGCUAAGCUGUCACUUAAAAAAAGAAA